AUGCCUGAAGCUUCCCUUAGCCCUCUCAACUGCUCUUACCUAGUCAUUACAGUCAAUAACAAGUCUGAUGGACACUCCGACCACCCGCAAGUCCUCAGCCACCGAUGGCAUUUAAAAAUAAAUCUUACUCAGGUAACAAAUGUUCUAGUUGCUGUGACGAUGACUUUAAAUCCUAAUGGGGUUGGUGUCAAGGCGGAAUCUGUGAAACCAGCUGGAGAAGCCUCCUCUUCGAGCAAAUUGGCGAAGUCUCCACAAUAA